GUGUGUCGUUGCCAUGGAAACACGAACAACAACAAAACCCGAGUCCAGCGCGUCAAAUACAAGCUGUCGCAGCUCGAAAACUAUCUAAAGGAAAAAGGGAUGACAUGAAUGGACAAAGCAGGAUUUCAUGACUCCACUUGUUACAUUAGAAACAUCAUUAAUUUGUGGAUUAAAUCAAGGCUCAGAACAAUAUGUCUUACGAACAGUCUCCUAAAAAGACCGGACUGACGAGAGAAAUUGUGAAGUGGCUGCAGAGCCUCGACUUGUCAUUUUAUCCUAUGAAUGUGCGCAGUGACUUCCUGUUGCAUUCAUACAACAAAGGAACAUCACUUUCUGCCAAGCAGUGGAACUGGAGCAGAAUAGAGCGGUCUUUACAGAAGCUGAAUCUGCACUUGAUGAAGAGGCUUGUUGAUGGAACCAUUCACUGUAAACCAGGAGCAGCUGAACUGUUGGUGCAGGAGGUUUAUACAAUUUUAACUAACCGCAGUGUCGGAGAAGUUCAGAGGCCAGAGUCAGACUUCACUGACCAAAAGUACCAGGAGUUGCUGCCCACACUGGCCCGCUCCACAGCCUGCAGGGCCAUUAAGAACAACCUGACGAUAACAGAGAUCAUGGCAGAGCCCGACAUCUGCACAAACCAGAGGAAGGCAGAAGUCAUCCUCCACAGACACCUGGAGCACAAGGCUGCAGACAGGGUUCUCGACCCCAGACGUUUGAAAGUGACUAAUCUGGGUCAGCUGGCAGCCAAAAAUCUUGUGCCAUCAAGUCGGGGUGAUGAGUGCUUUGACGGCGUCUCAUCUGCAGGCACCACAUCAGAGUUGUUCUCCUCAUCAACAUUGAGUGGAGCUGCUGUUCCCUUCAAGGAAAUAAAGGUGCGCCAGCCUGCCAGACGCUCCCUGGUUAACUAUUAAAAGAGAUGGAGACAUGUUGUAUUUUGUCACUUAAUGUAUUGAUAUUUUUUCCCAAUUACUGUUAUUAAAAUAAUAGUUAUUUUAAGUAUUGUGCCACACAAAUUAUAUCCUGAAGUAUAAUUUGCUUGGAAAUAGAGAUGACAUCAUUAUUUGUUAUUGCUUAUUUCAUGUUACAAUUGUUUAACCAUCAUGUUUGGGCUAUGUCUAUUUGUACCACUAGGUGGAAGCAUUGAGUCAUUGGCAGGACUCUCCUGAGUAGGUUUUGAGACUGAAAUCCACUGCUGUGUGUGUACCAUUAACAAAAAGAGGAAAUAAAUCAGAAUGUCCAUUGGGUUCA